GUGUCUCUCUCGUAUUUUAGACCAGACACACGAAGGUGGUCCGUGGCAUCUGUCUCCUCUGGAUAUGGAACCAAUCCACCCAGUUCUGCUGUUUCAUCUUCCUCCUCCUCACAGGAGCUCCUGCACCAGCUGCCCUCCCAGCCCACCCCAGAUGACCUCCAUCGCCUCUUCAAGCAUUUCAGGAGCUCAGAGAGUGUGGCAGAUGAGGAUGGACAGCCCUCGCCUUUCCGUCCUCGCUCGAGGAGCCUUAGCCCUGGGAGGACAUGUGGCUCUUUUGAUAACGAGAUUGUGAUGAUGAAUCACGUCUACAAAGAACGGUUUCCAAAGGCUACGGCUCAGAUGGAGGGGCGUUUGCUGGCAGUGAUUGCAGACUACUCCCCAGACAGAGCUCCUCCUCUUGCCGAUGGAGUGCUGGGCUUCAUUCAACACCAGCUGGUCGAGCUCGUCCGAGACUGUCUGGAGAAGUCCAGAAAGGGGCUCAUCACAUCCUGCUACUUUGUGGAACUUCAGGAAAAAUUAGACAAUUUCCUGCACGAGGCAUAUGAGCGCUCUGAGAGCGAGGAAGUGACUGUGAUUGCCAAACUCGUGAAGAAGAUUCUCAUCAUUAUUUCCAGACCAGCAAGACUACUGGAGUGUCUGGAGUUUGACCCUGAGGAGUUUUAUCAGCGUCUCGAAGUUGCAGAAGACCAAGCAAAAAUAGGCCAGGGCAUCAAGACUGAUAUCCCCCGAUAUAUCAUCAGUCAACUGGGUCUCACCCGAGACCCCCUGGAGGACAUGGUGCAGCUUGAGCACAACAACUCAGGCAGCCCAAGCAGAGAUCUGGAUGACACUGCAGAGGUAAGGCAAUAAAUCAAAGCUUGACAA